AUGGCGUUGGUAGUAGAACAAGCGGAUAGAAAUAAAUCAUUUGCUGAACAUGAAGACUUGUGGUCUGCUAUCUUAGGCGAGGUAUUAGAUGCAUCAAAAACAAAAUUAUCUGGCAACAAAUCAGUAUUGGUUGUUGGUCAUGAUGGUAGCGGAAAAUCCACUUUAAUUAGUCGUAUGAAAAACAUAGAAGAGAAAGAAAAAUAUCAUUGUUCGGGCUUGGAUUAUCGAUAUAUCGAUGUUGAUGACGAAGACAGUGACGAGAUAUAUCGCUUUGGUGUAUGGAUCCUACAUGGGAAUGCCGAACAUAAAUCUUUGCUCAAAUUUGCUAUUAACAAUGAUAAUUUGCGUGAUACAGCAGUCGUUCUAGUAGUUGACUUAUCUAGACCUUGGGAGGUGAUGUCGUGCCUCACUGGUUGGACAAAAGUUUUAAAAGAACAUAUGCAGUCACUGAAUAUCGAUAAAAAUGUAAUAGAAGAAAUGAAAAGUAACAUUGUAAAUCAAUUCCAAGGAUAUUCUGAAGUGGCAGAUGAUGCUGAUAAAUCCCUAAAAGAAGAAGAAAAAGUAUAUCUACCACUUGGCGAAGACGGUGCUACGCUAGCCUAUACGACGCUUAAGGAAAAGAAAAACGUGGAUAUAUUACUACGAUACUUAUUGCAUAGACUAUAUGGGUUCUCCUUUAAGUAUCCGGCCUCUGUGGUGGAGAAAGAUACUAUAUUCAUACCUUCCGGUUGGGAUACCAUGAAGAAGAUUGGAAUCUUAUAUGAGCACAUGAAAUACUUUUCUCCUGAUGACGCAUAUGAAGAACGUAUCAUAAAGCCUCCAUCAACGAAGGCUAUAAGCGAGUCUGUUCAAGUUGUAGCAGAAGAUGACCAGAUAUUUUUAUCUAAGCAGCAGUCUAUCCUAGGCGUAGCAAAGCCAUCGGUAGCUUCUCUACUCAACAGGCCUCCAUUAGGAGCAGCAGCUGUCGGUGGUGUGUCUGCCGCUACUUCUACUGCUAUUACUAACGCUGCUACAGCCGGAAACAACUCUGCAGAUACUGUGGGAUCCACAAUAGCGGCUAAAGUUGCAUCAGCUGCUAGCAUAUCCCCUCGCGCCGGUGGUCAAUCACCGAGAACCAACUUAUCUUCUGCAGCACCAAAAGUACCACUUGCAAUUGGAUCAACAGCUGGGGCAACCACUAACAAAACUGCGCUAUCAGCCCUGAUGAAGAAACCGGGAGAUACUGCUAAAGCUGGAGCAGCUGCUGGAUCGAGCGAAGGCGUUUUAGCAAAUUUCUUCAGCAGUUUACUCAACAAAAAAUCGGGCGCUGGUGGAAGUGCUGGCACUACUAGUGCAAAUACACCAACACCUACAUCACCUCCAGCUACAACUACCAGUGCCAGUCGACCAACACCCCCCGCUACAUCCGGCUCUAGCACUACAUCAAAGGCAUCGUCGAGUGAGAGAGCAAGUGUUUUGGUUAAGGAUCUAAUGGCGAAAAGGAUUGCUGUACGACAAAAUGGAAACUCUUGA